AUGGGAAAGAAAAUCUAUAUUUUUAAGACAGACUUUAAUCUAUCAUGUUUCUUUCUCAUUUUCAAGAUCAUCUUUUAUGAGGGCAGCAACUUCCAGGGCCGCCACUGGGAGUGCAGCAGUGACUGCAUGGACACCUUCAGGCACUUCAACUGCUGCAACUCUGUCCGUGUCAGUGGUGGAUACUGGGUGGGUUACGAGAAGCCCCACUACAUGGGUUACCAGUAUAUCAUGGGCCCUGGCGAGUAUCCUGACUACCAUUGCUGGAUGGGCUUCAACAACUGUAUGCGUUCCUGCCAGAUGUUCCCUCCCUAUAGAGGAGGCUACAGGAUGAGGAUUUAUAACAGGCCUGACAUGAUGGGACACUCAAUGGAUUUCUCUGAUGACUGCCCCAAUGUGUAUGAUCGCUUCCGCUUCCGUGACAUCUAUUCCUGCAAUGUCAUGGAGGGCUACUGGAUCUUCUAUGAGCACCCUAACUACAGGGGACGCCAGUACUUCAUGCGCCCUGGAGAGUACAGGGCCUGUGGCGAUUGGGGCUCCUACAAUCCCAUGGUGGGCUCUUUCAGGAGGAUGAGGACUUCCAAGUAA